AAAUUCACUAUAUUUCUAACGAAUUCAAGCGUUGGUGACUCGGUCUGGUACUCCGGGCCGAGUGGAGGGGUUUGAAGACGGAUGAGUAAACUUAUUUGAUGGUAAACACAGGCAGAAGAAUCCUGCACAGUUUGCCUUUAAUAGUGUAUAUUUGACUGAAUGGAUGAACUUCAACGUGCCUGGCAAAGCAGAAUGUCAAUUUUUACAUUCCUGCCUGGUCGCUUAUUGUGACGUCACUUUAUAUGGAAGGCCAUUUUCCCAUACAUUUCUGCUGGAAAUCCCAUCUGUUGUUGUGACCUCAUCAGCGACGUCACAAUUAUAGAAAUGUGUUCUAUUACGUACCAGAACACGUUCUGUAAAGUGCAUAUAUAGCCAAAAAAUACGACUGAUCAUUUGUAUGCGAGUGCAUUGUACAGUUAACAAUGGACAAGCUGUAUAGGAUAAUCAACUAUCUUUACGGAGCGAUCGUUGACUUUCCCGCGUGGGUCAGAGGCAGGGAGCAAGAACAUGUGGAGAACCACUACAUAACGGGACCAUUAAUUGGACGGGGAUCAUAUGGCUCCGUAUAUGCUGGGAUGCGCAUCAGUGAUGGACUUCCGGUUGCCCUCAAAUAUGUAGGGAAAUUGGAAGGCGAUGAACUGCUUCUUCCUGGACAGGACUCGCCAAUUCCCAGAGAAGUGGCGCUCAUGGGCCUAGUGAACCAGGACACAGGCCAUCGCAACGUCCUGCACCUCCUUGAGUGGUUCGACGCCUCAGACCACUAUGUCAUGGUAUUGGAGCGUCCUUACCCCUGCACGGACCUCUUGGAGUUCUGCGACGCCCAAAAUAAUUGGGUGGAUGAAGAGCAGGCACGGGGGGUGAUGGACCAACUUCUGCAGGCCCUGCUGCACUGCCAGAAUUCUGGAGUUUUCCAUCGGGACGUCAAAGCAGAAAACAUCCUGAUAAACACAGAAUCGCUGCGCAUCAUCCUGAUAGAUUUUGGGUGUGGGGAUCUAUGGCAGGAUACACCAUUCAGCGAAUUUUCAGGCACCAGGGAAUAUGCCCCUCCUGAGUGCUUUGUGGAAGGACUAUACCAGGCCGGCCCUUCCACUGUGUGGUCCGUAGGGGUCACUUUGUAUGACAUCAUCUGCGGCCGCCUGCCAUUCAAAAAGUUUGACGAGCAGAGCAUGAGCAGAGUGCAUUUCCCUGAAGGGCUUUCCCCAGAGAUCAAGGACUUCAUCAGAUGGUGCUUGGCGCCCGAGGUGGAGGAUCGAGCCACAUUGGAACAGCUUCAGCUUCAUCCGUGGCUCCGCCCCUUCUGCUCAGAACAAGCAGAGGACGAUUUAGAACAUGUGGAGGACCUCUACAUGAUUGGAUCGCUACUUGGAGAGGGUGGAUGUGGCUCAGUUUACGCUGGAAUCCGCAUCUCUGAUGGACUACCGGUUGCUCUGAAGUAUGUAGAGAAAUGUGAAGAUGACGAACUACUAAUACUACCUGGACUGGACUCGCCAGCUCCCUUGGAGGUGGGGCUCAUGGGCAUGGUGAACAAGCGCACGGGCCAUCCCAACGUCCUGCGCCUCCAUGAGUGGUUCAACACCUCAGACCACUAUGUCCUGGUAUUGGAGCGCCCCGACCCCUGCACGGACCUCUUCCGCUUGACCCAAAAUCAUGGCAUGGACGAAGAGCAGGCGCGGGUGGUGAUGGACCAGCUUCUGCGGGCCCUGCUGCACUGCCAGAGUUCUGGUGUUUUCCAUCGGGACGUCAAACCAGAAAACAUCCUGAUCGUCAAACCAGAAAACAUCCACACAGAAUCGCUGCGCAUCAUCCUGAUAGAUUUUGGAUGUGGGGCUCUAUGGCAGGAUACACCAUUCAGCGAAUUCGCAGGCACCGAGGAGUAUGCAGCUCCAGAGUGUCUUGUGGAAGGACUGUACCAAGCCGGCCCUUCCACUGUGUGGACUGUAGGGGCCACAUUGUGUUAUAUCAUCUGCGGCCGCCUGCCAUUUGACCAGAGGGACGAGCGUAGCAUGGGCAUGGUGCAUUUUCCUGAUGGGCUGUCCUCAGAGAUCAAGGACUUCAUAAGCUUGUGCUUGGCACCCAAGGUGGAGGAUCGAGCCACACUGGAACAGCUUCAGCUUCACCCGUGGCUCCGCCCCAUCUGCUCUGGAGAAGUGGAAUCCAUGGAAGAGAAUGGAAAUGAGGAAGAUGGAGAGCAGAACAUGGGGCCCAUGGAAAAACCGGGCCCCUCCAGCUCCCUCACUCCAGCAAAUUGCUCCCAGAAUGCGUCAGAGGAGAGCAGUAAAAGAGAGAGAGACGUGAGGGGGAGGAGGUGUGCGGCAAACCCGAAAACACCAGCAGACUGCCUUAGGAACGCCCCAGAAAAGAUUGCUGUGAAGAGAAAGAUGGGGUGUGAAGAAAAUCAGGACCCCUACAGCUCUUCCAGGCCUACAAAGUGCCCCCGGAAAGAGCAAGACGGAUGGUGGCUGAAACAGCAGGGCUCUGAAGCAGAGAGCCAGCAUGAACAUGGCCGCCAAGCCGCUGUACUUAGCCCUGGGAGGGGUGCGCAAAGAGGGGCGCAACACCCGCCCCCGCCGCAUCCGGAGCAGGGAGAGGAUGGGCGGCGCCUGAGCCGGGCAGAGAGCAGCUGCUUCCGCUGCUCCCUGCCCGCGCCUGACAGCUCUGAUUCCAGAGUCCCAGGACCCGGCUGCCUACCAUUGGACCAACCUGCUGGCCUGGCUGUGACCCAUUUCAUGCUGGGCUUGUCAAUGCAUUGGGACAUGUCAUUCCCAGAAUAUGACCAAAUGGAUGGGCUACCUGGCCUCGCCGUCGACCACCAGGGCCAGGAGCCCAGCCUCCUCCGGGGGUUGAUAAAAUUGGGUUCGGGCAGACUGUGACGUGUCCAUGUGUCAGUGCCAAGCUGAGACUUAGCAGCUCAGUAGGGCUGGGCGAUACACUUAAUAUUUAAUUAUCGAGUAUUUUUUCUGAGCGCAGUAACAAUCAUCACCACCACCUGGUGUAUUGCCUUUAUUUCAGUCUUUUUGUCUUUACCAAGUAAGCAUCUGAACUUUCAGGUGGAACAUGAAAUGCUUCUGGAAAAAAAAUUAUCACUGAUAUUUAUUGGAUGUUGAUAAGACAGCCAAUCGACAGCAAGGUCGUACAGCUUCCAUGUGAUCACGUGCAGUGUUAUCGCAUGAAAGUGUGCAAGGCUUAUUGCUGCUGAUUGGCUGUUUCAUCAACAUCCAGUAGAUAUCAGUGGUGACUUUUUUUCCAGAAACACUUGACGUUGCCUCGGACGUUUGGACGUUUGCUACCCCGUCUGGUAUAAUUGACGAAAAAAGACGGAAAGAAUCCCGAUUUACCGCGCUGAGAAAAUAUUCAAUAAUUAUCAAACAAGUAUUUCGUCCAGCCCUUCUGUGUUGCUUAGUUUCAACCUGGCACCGAUACAUGGACACGUCACAGUCUGCCUUAACCCCACUUUACCCCCCCCCACCCCCCCUUCCCAGCCUGCCUUAAACCUUCUUUCCCCCGCCCCUUCCCAGUCCCGCCUAUUUACCCCGCUCCUUCCCAGUCUAACCCUAUUUUACCCUAUUAUGGAGGGCCCUGUCCCUUCAGUGCAGCAACUACAACAGCUGCCCUGGUGCCCCUAACCCAUCAGCAGCACCAGAUGAUCGCCAUGCUGUAGGAGGGCCUAGACUACACCUUUCAGUGGAUGAAACCCUUUUCAGUGCUACAGCCCCGCCAAGCCAGGGAAGCUGUGCAGGAAACUGCGGAGGCAAACGGGAGGAAGCCCCUGGCUCUGCAGGACAGAGAGCGCUGAGUCUAGGCCUGGUUCCAAAUGGCGUUUUUUCAAGAGUUGCAUAGUUGCUUAUGGUCGGCGUGGCAUUCGAGGCAACACUGCCUCAGACACCGCGCCGCACCGAGGUCCCUCAGGAUUGCGGGUCUGAGGGUCGUACGGAAGGAGGCCUGUUCAUGUCCGUCUCCACCUGAAGGCCUUUCUCUCCUCUUCUGCCCUCAAGUCUUUGCUUUUCCUGCCUGUCAACCUAACAUGCCUGCUCGUCUCCCUCACCAGGCACGAACAUGUCAGUCUCUGUGCUUGGCCGUGUGACCUUGAGCAGCUUCUACCUCGCAGGGAGCAGUUGUAUUCUCCCCUCAGCACACCUGUGAGAAGGCGGCGGCUCUGCAGGUGCCUGUCCACCUCUCUGAGGUCCCCCAGGAUGCCAUACCAUUGGGUCCGGGAGCUGUGGGUCGUUGUUCCACCAUGUGACCGGUGUGACCAUAAGCAACAGUUGCUACACCAUUGAGACAGGAGUGAUCCUCACCAGCAAUGUGAAACCAUGACCGGCAGUGUGAAUGAAGAGCACUUCAACACCCCAUUGCUCUUUACAGAGGAGGAUAAACUGCCAUUGCUGACUUCACUAUAGUCCAUUAAAAAUAAUGUUUAAUGAAAUAGUUCUAGUUCCGGUAAUUCGACGAUAAAAAUGCUCUGAUGUGAUUCUAUAUUCUUUAACUGUUGCCAAAUAAAAAAUUAGAAGUAUGUAUUGUGAAGAGGUGUUUCAUGUAAAGGAAAGGUAAUAUUGCACACUAGAAAUACAUCUAGGUAAUUUAUGCAAAUACUCUUUGUCCAGGUUAUAUCCAACCCAAAACGGUGAGCUUGUCAACUGAUGAUUUUGUGAAUAAAAUGCUUUUAUAUUGGGAGUCCUCACCUUCUCUUAAACUGUGGUAUUAAUGCUGUCAAACCCUGUAUACAUGCAUGUACAUACAUGGUGAUUGGGAUUGUUAGCAUAGCAUUAGGGAUCAUGCUAUGUUUAGAAACGUUAGCAUAUGCCAUUGAAAUUCAGGAUAUGAAUUAAGGGUAGCAUGGACUGUAGCUGCUUGCCCGUUGACUUUACCUGUUCCCGCAGAGG